AUGAAGAUGGAAAGGGAAGAUGAAGCCGUUUCGUCCACGACGCCGAUGUUGGCUGCCCCUCCAUCCACACCCCAUCAACAGCCGAGCUCAUCCCACAUGUCCGCUCAGGCCAUGUCUCUCUGUCACGAAUCGUCUAUGAAGGUCGAUUCGAUGCAAAUGAACAAUCUACCGUCCUACUCCGGUCUGCCACCGUUGUCAUCGUUGCCUUCACUUCAUUCCUCCUUGCCAUCGUCCCUUUCCUCUGGAUUCUCAUCAUCGCUGUCUUCGUCUCUUUCGUCCAGUCUGGCCACAAGUAGUCUACAUGACCCGUCCAGCUCGCUCAGGACCCCUCUUAGACUACCAGAAUUGAAUUCUCUGAAAGGCAAUAUCCUACCUAAUUUAGGAUAUCAAUGA